UCUAACACCGUAAAGAUGUCGGGCAUGGGCAAGAGGUUCGGCUUCAAGAGGUCGAACACCAACCAAGAUGAUCCCAUCACCGUCGACGAGAUCCGCAAACUCGACAGCCAGAACAAAAAUGCUGCUGGCAGCAGCAAGCUCGGCCCUGAGCAUGGAGUCCCCGAAGAGGUCAUUGAGGGUGAUGUCCGUGAGCUCACCGAGAUGGAGGCCAACCAUGCCCUCAAGUCCUUCCGCAAGGACCACAGGUGGGAUCCUAAUAUGGAGGCCAUUGAGAUGGUUGAUGCCGUUACCGGUGCUCACGACGCAAAGGGCGAGUCCCAAUUGGUUGGUGCUAUGAUCGAGAAUUCGCCCUAUCCAGAAGUUCGUGCUGUCGUGAGAAACUAUGACGAGGAUGUUCCUGCAAGCACCAUCAGAGCCUGGACUAUCGGUCUCCUCAUGACCACUAUUUGCUCGGCUCUCAACGCUCUGUUCCUGCUGCGCUACCCCAACAUCUCUAUCGGUCCCUACGUUGUACAACUUGUCUCCUACCCCAUCGGUGUUGCAUGGGCGAAAUCGCUUCCCAACAAGGAAUUCUCUAUCUUCGGAUACAAGGCAAACCUCAAUCCCGGUCCUUUCAAUGUCAAGGAGCACGUCAUCAUCGUUGCCAUGUCCAACGCUGCUUUUGGUGGUGGUGCUGGCUACUUUGUCGAGACUGUUGUCACAUUGAAGAAAUUCUAUCACUUCAACACUAGCCAGUUCGGAUGGGGCUUCAACACUCUGUUCGCCUUGUCCACCCAGUGUCUCGGCUUUGGUCUUGCCGGAUCCGUUCGUAAAUUCCUCGUUGAACCCGCUGCUAUGAUCUGGCCUGGUGCUUUGGUCAACGUUGGUUUUAUGUACGCCUUGCACGACCACAGCCCGGCCGACCCUUCAAAGACUAACGGCUGGAGCAUGAGUCGUUACAAAUGGUUCAUGAUCUGCAUGGGUGCUAUGUUUGCCUGGUCGUGGUUCCCUGACUUCAUCAUUCCCGCAUUCAGCUACUUCGCUUGGAUCACUUGGAUUAAGCCUAACAAUGUCAUCAUCAACCAGCUGUUCGGGCAGCAGACUGGUAUCUCUUUGGGCUUCCCAUUCACUGGCUUCACCCUUGAUUGGGCUCAGAUCAAUUCCUUCUACGGCAGUCCUCUUCUGUCUCCAUGGCACGCCCUUGCGAACACUGGAGUCGGUAUCAUCUUCUUCGGCUGGGUAAUCGUCCCCGCGUUGCACUACAGUGGCGUCUGGUAUGCCGAGUACCUACCUAUCUCUCAGAACGGUAUCUUCGAUAACCAAGAUACUGACUCGGAUUCACUUUCCANNGGUAACACUUAUAACAUUAGCAGAAUCUUAACGCCCGAGCAUACCGUUGAUCCUGUUGCAUACGAGAAAUACUCACCCUUGAUGCUCUCUACUGCGUUCGCUCUGACCUACGGUAUGAGUUUCGCCUCCAUUGCUGCUCUCGUCAGUCACACUGGCCUCUUCCAUGGUCCUGAAAUCUGGCGCCGCUUCAGGUCUUCCAAGGGCGAGCUCGAUGAUAUCCACAUGAAGCUUAUGCGCAAGUACAAGCUUGUGCCCACCUGGUGGUACCUCGUCCUUUUGGCCGUCAUGAUAGCAUUCGCCUUUGUCUCGGCACUUGCAUAUCCAACUGGUAUGGCGUGGUACUCUGUCAUCCUCUCGCUGGUCAUUGCGACUGUGUUCACCAUCCCUAUCGGUAUCAUCCAAGCUUUCACCAACAUCCAAUUGGGUCUUAAUGUGAUCACCGAGUUCAUCAUCGGUUACGUUCAGCCCGGUCAUCCUAUCGCCAUGAUGAUGUUCAAGACUUUCGGAUACAUCGUCAUGACUCAGGCUCUUUACUUCUGUCAAGAUCUGAAGCUCGGUCACUACAUGCAUGUUCCUCAGCGAUCUAUGUUCACUGCUCAAUUGGUUGCCACUAUCUGGUCUUGUCUUUGCCAGCUUGCCACAGUCGAAUGGGCCAUGGGCGCAAUCAAGAACGUUUGCACUUCGGCGGCGUCAGGUGACUUCACCUGUCUUUCUAUCAAGACUUUCUACAACGCUAGCGUUAUUUGGGGUGCUAUCGGUCCCAAGCAUCUGUUCUCUGAUGGAGCUACCUACCAAGGCCUUCAGUACUUCUGGCUGGCUGGUUUCAUCUCGCCCUUCAUCGUCUAUGUGCUUGCUCGCAUCUUCCCUAGGGUAUCUUUGAUUCGCAAGAUCAGCAUGCCGCUGAUCUUUGCUUGUUUCAGUUAUGUCCCUCCCUACUCGGCCAUGAACAUCGUAAGUCUUCCUCACUUUAAUCCUACUAUCUAUCAAGUUGGCGCUAAAUCGAUACACAGCNUCUCUUGGGUUGUUGUUGGCUGGGCCUUCAACAAGUACAUUCGUCAGAAAUAUCGUGGAUGGUGGAUGCAGUACAACUACAUCACCUCUGCCGCUUUCGAUGUCGGUCUUGCGCUCUGCGCCAUUGUCCUCUUCUUCUGCGUGCAACUCCCUGGUAAGAGCAUGCCCGACUACUGGGGGUCCACCAUUCCCUCGACCACCCUGGAUGGCGCCGGUGGCAACGUCCAGAAGACUGUUUCUGGCGAUGACUACUUCGGUCCUAGAACCUGGAAGUGGUAA